CGCGGCUAGUUUGAAACAAUACAAGUUUGUGGGAGUAAAAGCAUCAGGAAACUAGCAUUCUGAGAGGAAAUGGGACAGUUGAAGCACUGUGUUGAAGCCAAGAAGAGGCAACUUCCUAACCUAGAAGCUCAAAAUUCACUAAAGCAAGAGAUUGAACAUCUUCAAGAACUAUUGUGGGACCAAUUUACGGAACGGUGUGCUCUGGAAAAGGCAUUAAGUCAUAAGCCUUUUUCCUAUGAAACUAUGUCUGAUACAUCAAUCCCCAAGCCUGCCAAGGAUCUGAUGAAAGAAGUGGCACUACUUGAGCUUGAAAUCGUGUAUUUGGAAAGAUAUCUUCUCUCUAUGUAUAGGAAAAAAAUUUAUCAAGAAGUAUCUCCUAUGUCAACUAUGGAUGAGACGUUGAAAUCCAAUUCAAGCAUGCACAAAGGAAAAUUUCCAGAAGUUCCUGGACCCAACAUCACAUCAACGAAAGACAAUACAGUUCUUCAUUCGAGUCAUCUUAUCUCACCUCGAAAAUCUGUUGAAAAUCGAUCUGAGGACCUUAGUGACAAGUGGGUAAAUCAUGGACUGAUAGAUUCUAUUGUUCACCGCAGCCACUCCUCACUGUCUCACCGUUCAACUAGAAUUUCUCCUCCAAUGAAAUCUCUAGUUAAUGCUGUAGAUUCAUACCAUUCUCUACCUCUGUCAAUGCUGGAGAAAGCUCAGAGCAGUAAUCCUGAUCAUAUUGGGACCUGUACAUGCAAUCAUGGUCUAGAAACUCCGAAUGAUCUUUCGAAGGAGAUAAUCAAGUGCAUCUCUUCUAUAUACUGUGAACUUACGGACCCGCCUUUGAUCAAUCUCGAUUAUUCCUCCUCUCCUAUUUCAUACUCAUCUUCAGUGAAUGGAUCUCCAGCACAAGGCCAGGGUAACACGCGGAGUCCACAAUCCAGGAAGUUUUCAUCCUUCAAUUCAAAAUUUGAUAACCCUUUCCACAUUAGAGAGUCCAAUGAGUUCAAUGGACCUUAUUGCAUGAUGGCAAAGGUAGAACAGAUUUGUAGAGACAGUCAGAAGUUGAGAGAUAUUGAACAUAAGCUGCAAAAGUUUAGGUCGCUCGUUUAUCAGUUGGAACAAGUUGAUCCUAGAAAGUUGAAGCAUGAGGAGAAGCUAGCCUUUUGGAUUAAUGUGCACAAUGCACUAGUGAUGCAUGCAUUUUUAGUUUAUGGAAUUCCCCAAAGUAGUACAAAAAGAAUGUCGAUCCUACUCAAGGCUGCAUACAAUGUAGGAGGUCAUGACAUUAGCGUAGACAUGAUACAGACUUCUAUUCUCGGGUGCCGAUUGCCUCGUCCAGGACAAUGGCUGAGAGUUCUAUUUUCUUCAAAAAUGAAAUUCAAGAUUGAAGAUGGCAAGAGGGCCUAUGCACUUGACCAUCCUGAACCGCGCUUGUGUUUCGCUCUUUGCUCAGGAAGCUACUCUGAUCCUGCGGUUCGUGUAUACACGUCGAAGAGGGUUUUUGAGGAGCUGGAAACUGCAAAAGAAGAGUACAUUCAAUCAAGUUUCAAUCUACACAAGGAAAAGAAAAUUCUUUUACCGAAGAUUGUUGAGGCUUUUGCAAAGGAUUCAGACCUGUGCCUAGCUGGUUUGGUGGAGAUGGUUGAGCAUUUUAUGCCUGAUUUUUGGAGGAAGAACAUUAGGCAGUGUCAGCAUAAGAAGCUGAUGAAGAACAUUGAAUGGAUCCCUCACAACUUCGCGUUCCGUUACUUACUCUCAAAGGAACUACUCCGAUGAUUCCCCUCCUUCUCAAAUGCGAAAAGAGUCUCCACGCUUGGAGUAGAAAAUAAAUGAUCUUGUUGCAGGAAUUAGUAGUUGGAUUUGCAGACAUUCUCAUAUAGUUUCUGGCGCGUGCCGGCAUGACAGCUUAGAAUGACAGAUGAAUCACAACUGAUGGUGAUGCUGAUAUUGAGAUAUCAACUCAAGCAUUAACAAGUCUGAUUUGUUGUCAUUCUUUACUAUCAUGUGAACCUUAUUCUAGUAUAAGAGAGAAGCAUGUGUAAGCUAGCUUGAUAGAAAUGUUAUUUCUGCUUUUAAUGUGGAAAACUUUGCAAUGCAAAGUCUCUGUUAGUUUUUUACUUUGGAACCUUUGGCCUGAUACAAUUAUACAAAGAACAAAAAUUGUUGCAGAUUAACAAAGAUUUCCAAGCAUUAGAUACUUUGACCUUAUACAUAAACCACUCAUAGUUGGUCAAACUUCAAAGAAACACAAUAAAAUGGGUCCGUUUGAUAGUGGAUUGGUACCUGC